AUAGGACUCUUCAUUCCUGCGUUUUCUGCGCUUUCUUCUUCUCUCCAUAAUUCUUUUCUUUGACCAUUUACACACUCUGUCUCUCUGUCUCUCUGUCUCUCUCUCUCUAAGAAACUCACUCUUCUGGGGUUCCUUUCUUCUUCUUCUUUCUUUCUCUGCAUAAAGUUCUUAACUUUCUCAUAUACCCGUUCUCUGGUUCUUGCUUCAAGUCUAACCUCAAAGACCCAGAAUGUCAAAUCUCAGUUUUUCUUCGUCUUCUUCAGGGAAUCCAUUGGUUUCAACUGCAUCUUCCUCUGGACUAAACGAUGACGUCUUUGAAGAUGCUUGCAGUAUUUGCCUUGAACCCUUCAACACUGCCGACCCUGCAACUAUUACCAGUUGCAAACAUGAAUAUCAUCUUCAUUGUAUUCUUGAAUGGUCUCAAAGAAGCAAAGAGUGCCCAAUAUGUUGUCAGCUGCUUGUCUUAAAGGACCCUGCCAGCCAAGCGCUUCUAGCUGCAGUGGACAUUGAAAGGUGCUCAAGGUCGAGGAGCAUUUCUUCUGUUGCUCCCACACCUCUUCAUCAUUUCUGUGAGGACUUCAAUGUUGAGCAUGAUUCUUCAUACUCAGACGACUCUGAUUUUGAUGACCGUAUCAUGCAGCAUCUGGCUGCUGCUGCUAGCAGAGCUCGUUAUCUUCGUAGAAGGGAAAGACAGAGAGCUUCUGGCCUUGGACCUUCUGAACUUCUCAUUUUUACUUCUUCAAGUUCUUCACAGCAAACAAAUGUAACUUCACCAGAAGAUUUUCAAAAUUUAAGUUAUGGGUCACCAGAGGGAUCACCAACUUCUGGUGUCAAUGUUCAACCUCAGUCAUCUGUGGUUGUUAAUCUGGGAUCCACUACUGCUGUCAAUAGAGAUAUUCCUUCUAGACCCAGUGUUGUUUAUAGCCAGCCUCCACCUGAUAGUCCCAAAAGACCAAGCCCAUCAGAGAUGUUCUCCCUUCCAGAGACAUUUAAAUCUAAGUGGUCUGCUGCUUCAGCCAGAUAUAAGGAGUCGAUUUCAAAAGGUACCCGGGGCCUUAAGGAGAAGCUACUUUCUCGUAAUAACUCAGUAAAGGAGCUAAGCAAAGGAGUUCAGCGUGAGAUGACUGCAGGAAUUGCUGGUGUUGCACGAAUGAUUGAACGCCUAGAUCUUACUUCAAAGAGAACUGGAUCCACUGUUCCUGUUUCUGAUAGUACUGGUGGGAGUUCAAAUUUCUCCUUCAAGGGGAAGGGUGUGGAGGAAAAUGUUGAUGCUCAGUCUCUUGACAAAAAUAGUGGGCAAAUUGCGCAUGAUUUAAGUCUAGAUGCAGCCUAUAUCCCUGGUGCCAUUUUGAGACAACCAGAAGUUUCUCAUGCACAGAGUUGAUAAAUGCUGCAGGGUGUGGUACUGGUGCUCUUACUAAAUUUGUGUAUUAACAUCUCAAAGGAGGCAUAUGAUGCAAGCGACGUGGUGUGAUGAAGCCAAUCCGCUGGUUGGUUUGCGUCCUGCAUUACCUGCCUAUACUUGCAAAGUGGAAACUGUAAUUUGAUUGGAUCAGAUAUUGUCAUGGAUGACAGUGUUAUCCUUUCUUCAUGCAUAAGUUUAAAUGGACUACAGAGAAUUCUGGUGUAACCCAUGUUCCCAUUUGUUGCUACUGUUUGCAACCUAUUUUUUUUU